AUGAGAGCCGCAUUGAGGCUUCUGGCAGUGCACCAUGCCAUGCUGUGUGUGUGUGUGUGUGUGUGUGUCGACGUGGGUACAAAGCAGAGCCCCAAUCUGGCCGGAAAUAAGAGACGUAGUCUCUCCGGUCAGGGCGGCCUGCUCGGCAGGAUGUUCGGCAGCGGCAAGGAAUCCUCAAAAGAAGCGCUCGACACGUCUGUCGGUGCCGGCGACACCGAGACCACCGGCAGCCCGAGGACAGCUUCUCCCAUGAGCAGUGCUCCGCGAGACGACCUGACUGCUGAUCUGAAAAGCCCGAGUCGCAAAGGUUCGCAAGAUAGCAACUUGUCGGGCCCAGGCGACAAAAAGCGGCGCAGCAGCGGUAACGGACGUGUUCGUGACCUGCUGUCGAGCGCGAAGCAGUCGCUCUCUAACCUCGGCGGAUCUGACAAGAGCUCGUCGGAGCGCAACCAAAGUCCGAUGCAAAAACUUGGGAAAUCCGAUCCUGCGCUCAACGUCCCGCAGGGAUCGCUCAACAACUCGGCCGGCGAGUCUGCGCCUGGCCCACGCUCGACUUUUCGCGUCGGUGUCACCGAGGAUAAGAACAAGAAAUGUCGGCGUACCAUGGAGGACACGCAUGCUUACCUCUACAACUUCCUGAGCACUCCUGCACCCAACAUUACACCAGUUCCCAACGCCCCGCUGACUCGGGCGCCGACCGGCUUCUCACUCUUCGAGUCCAAGACCAAUGAUUCCACAGCGACGGAUCUGAGCUUAAGUCCGCGAGUCAGUGUGGGUAACAAGGACAUGGUGGAGACGGACAAUGGCUAUUUCGCCAUCUUUGAUGGACACGCAGGCACCUUUGCUGCCGACUGGUGUGGCAAGAAGGUGCACCUUCUUCUCGAAGAUAUCAUCCGCAAGAACCCAAACUCCCCGAUCCCGGAACUGCUCGACCAGACGUUCACGCUCGUCGACCAGCAGUUGGAGAAGCUGCCGCUGAAGAACAGUGGUACCACUGCGGUCGUCGCCGUCUUACGCUGGGAGGAUCGGAUACCUAACUCACAAUCCGCCACCGGUUCGACCGCCAUCGCUCCCGCCACUGCGCAGGCUGCUUCGCAGGGCGAGAACGCAGACAGCACUCCGCCGGAUCAAUUAGAGAGCAAACUCCGGGAGUCGGCGUCUCGUCAGCGCGUCCUCUAUACCGCAAACGUUGGAGAUGCACGCAUCAUCCUCUGCCGUAACGGAAAGGCGCUUCGAUUGUCCUACGACCAUAAAGGAGGCGAUGAGAACGAAGGCAAACGGAUCGCAGGUGCCGGCGGUUUGAUCCUGAACAACCGCGUCAACGGCGUUCUGGCAGUGACCCGUGCGCUUGGUGACGCCUACAUGAAGGACCUCGUGACGGGACACCCUUACACCACCGAGACGGUUAUCCAACCAGACAUCGACGAGUUUUUGAUUCUCGCAUGCGACGGCCUUUGGGACGUGUGCUCCGAUCAGGAAGCCGUCGACCUCGUCCGCAACGUCCAGGACCCUCAACUUGGCUCCAAGAUGCUGGUAGAUCACGCCCUCGCCCGUUUCUCCACCGACAACCUCUCGUGUAUGAUGGUGCGAUUCGACACGACUGCCCAACAAGCAGCACAGGAGAACAAGGACAACCUCAUUGGCGUCGAGGGUGACCCACCGACGCUGGCGGGUGGGAUCACGGAGACUGAAGCCAUUGUGACUGGGCAGGUUGCACCUCCGGCCGAGGUAGCGGUGGCGAGUCCCACGACAUCGCCGAAUGAACCCCUGGGGACUGCUCAGCACAUGCAAUCUCGUGGCAUGAGAACCGGUCUCGACUGGAACCAGACGUGCAUGGAUAUGUCGUUCGACGCGUGGGGAUCCUAG